GAUACUUGUCUUAUCACAGUCAUGUUCUCAAAGAUCGUUGCCUUAUCCGCCUUCGUGGCUUUCGCACAGGCUGGACUUCUUCCAGUGCACUCUGCUGCAACCUCUUAUUCUUCCACCAACUUAGUGACAUCUCACGGUUACGCUUCUCCUGUUGUGGCCCAUGCUGCCCCAAUAUUGACACACGCCGCCCCAUCUCUUGGAUACGCUGCUGCUCCAGUACUCGCCCAUGGAUACGCUUCUGCUCCAGUUGUUGCCAAGGACUACUACGCUCACCCUAAAUACGAAUUCAACUACGGAGUUCAAGACGGACACACUGGUGACAACAAGUCCCAACAUGAAGUACGUGACGGCGAUGUUGUGAAAGGAUUUUACACCGUUGCUGAACCUGACGGUACCUUGAGAACUGUCCACUACACCGCUGACGACCACAAUGGUUUCAACGCUGUUGUAGAAAAAUCUGGACACGCUGUACAUGCCGCUCCUGUUGUAGCCCAUGCCUCUCCAGUCAUCGCAGCUUCUCCUUACGCCAGUCAUGGACUCUACCAUCAUUAUGGUCAGUUCAGUUUCGAAUUGGAUCCCCGUAGUAUCACAGCAAUGUUCUCAAAGGUAAUCGCAGUUACGGCCGUUUUGGCUCUGGCCAAUGCUGGUUUCCUUCCCCUUCAACAAGCUUCGUCUUAUGCUAGCACAAAUUUGGUUGCGUCCGGUAUUCAUGGGUAUGGAGCUCCAGUGAUUGCUCAGAGUUACGCAGUUCCUGCUGUAUCACAUAGUGUUGACUACUAUGCUCACCCCAAAUACGAAUUCAACUACGGAGUUCAAGAUGGACACACUGGUGACCACAAGACCCAACACGAAGUACGUGAUGGGGAUGUAGUCAAGGGAUCCUACUCCGUAGCUGAACCCGAUGGUACCUUGAGAACUGUCCACUACACCGCUGAUGACCACAACGGUUUUAACGCAGUGGUCACCAGAUCUGGUCACGCUGUUCAUGCAGCUCCUGUUGUCCAUGCUGCUCCCAUUGUUGCAAGUAUCCCAUAUGCUUCCCAUGGAUUGUACCAUUAGGAAUAAGUCAAGGCUAGGAAUUUACAAAUCUGACGCUGUUUUGAGGCGCGUCAUAUGUUGUUUGAAGUUGUACAAAUAUUGUUUCAGAGAAUGUUUUCAGUGAAAAGAAAUAAAAGUCUUUUGACAAAAAAGA